AUGGCUAUCAUCGACGGUAAAGCUAUUGCCAAUGGCAUUCGCGAUGAGAUUAAGGAUGAAAUCUCUAGUUUAAAGGAGAAAUAUGCAGUUUUCCGUCCCACUUUGACCAUUUUCCAAGUUGGAAACAGACCUGAUUCGAACACUUAUGUUAAGAUGAAGUUAAAGGCUGCUAAAGAUGCUGGAAUCGAUGUUAAAUUUAUCCAUUUGGAUGAAACUGUCACCGAAGUGGAAUUGCUCGGUCAGAUCGACGAUGAAAAUAGCGAUGAUUCAGUGCACGGGAUCUUGGUUCAGCUACCUCUUCCUGCACAUUUAAACGAGGAUAAAAUCACGUCACGUGUCUCCGCUUGUAAAGACGUGGAUGGAUUCGGUCCCGUCAAUAUCGGUGAAUUGAACAAGCGUAAUGGUACUCCUUAUUUCCAACCUUGUACUCCAAGAGGUAUCAUUGAACUGUUGAAAAGAUCUGGAGUUACUAUUGCUGGCUCUGAAGCAGUUGUCAUUGGUAGAUCCGAUAUCGUUGGUUCUCCAGUGGCUACUUUGCUAACCUCUUUAGAUGCUACUGUGACUAUUCUACACUCUAAAUCUAAGGAUUUGAGAGAGUUUAUCAGUAGAGCAGAUAUUGUUGUAGUGGCCAUUGGACAACCUGAAUUCAUCAGAGGUGAAUGGUUCGCUAAUAACAAGCGUGGAGCAGUGGUAAUCGACGUUGGAACCAAUUUCGUGAAAGAUGAAACCAGGAAAUCCGGUUAUAGGAAUGUCGGUGAUGUCGAAUUUGCUGCUGCGGAACCAUACGUUAAGUUGAUCACCCCUGUUCCAGGUGGUGUUGGUCCAAUGACUGUGGCUAUGUUGAUGCAAAACACUUUUGAAAGUGCCAAGAGAUAUUUGGACAAACAGUUGAACUCUGGUAACGAUUUCGAACCAUUGAAGUUAAAUCUUUUGAAACCAGUCCCAUCUGAUUUCGAAAUUUCUAGAGCUCAAGUACCAAAACCAAUCACACAAAUUGCUGCAGAAUCUGGUAUUCUACCCUCAGAAUUGGAACCUUACGGUGAUACAAAGGCGAAGGUCAAGUUAGAUCUACUAAACAGAUUGAAAAACAGGGAAAACGGUAAAUACAUUCUUGUCACAGGUAUCACACCUACUCCAUUGGGUGAAGGUAAAUCUACUACGACAGUUGGUUUGGCUCAAGCUCUAGGUGCUCAUUUGAAGAAGAAAGUUUUCGCUAAUGUUCGUCAACCGUCUAUGGGUCCAACUUUCGGUAUCAAAGGUGGUGCCGCUGGUGGUGGUUACUCACAAGUAAUUCCAAUGGAUGAAUUCAACUUGCAUGUCACUGGUGAUAUUCAUGCUAUUUCAAUGGCUAACAAUUUGUUGGCAGCAGCUAUUGAUACCAGAAUGUUCCAUGAAUCUACUCAAUCAAAUGCAGCUUUGUAUAAGAGAUUGGUGCCAGCAAAGAAGGGUGUCAGAAAGUUCACUCCAACCAUGUUAAGAAGACUAAAGAAGCUUGGAAUCAACAAGACAGAUCCAAACGAAUUGUCUGCAGAGGAAAGUGCCAGAUUUGCAAGAUUAGAUAUAGACCCUGAAACUAUCACCUGGCGACGUGUUGUGGACUGUAAUGACAGAUUCUUGAGAGGAAUUACUGUCGGCCAAGCCCCAACAGAACGUGGCCACACCAGAUAUACCGGUUUCGAUAUCUCAGUUGCAUCAGAAUGUAUGGCUGUUCUUGCCCUUGCCAACUCUUUGGAAGAUAUGAGAGAAAGGCUAGGUAGAAUAGUCAUUGCUGCUUCCAAAUCCGGUGAACCAAUCACUUGUGAAGAUAUUGGAUGUGCUGGUGCCAUGACAGCUCUAUUAAAGGAUGCUAUAAAGCCAAAUAUUAUGCAAACUUUGGAAGGUACCCCAGUGUUUGUACACGCUGGUCCAUUCGCCAACAUUUCCAUCGGUGCUAACUCAGUCUUAGCGGAUAAAAUGGCAUUGAAGUUGGCUGGUGUUCCAACUGACUUACCAGAAGACGUGAAGAAAACUCAAAAGGGUUAUGUCGUUACCGAGGCAGGUUUCGAUUUCACCAUGGGUGGUGAAAGAUUUAUUAACAUUAAGUGUAGAUCCAGUGGAUUGGUGCCUGAUGUUGUGGUCAUCGUGGCCACUGUAAGAGCUUUAAAGGUUCACGGUGGUGGUCCAGAAGUUAAGGCUGGUGCCCCAUUGCCAUCAGAAUACUUGAAUGAAGAUGUAGAAUUAUUGAGAAAGGGUUGCGCUAAUUUGGCUAAGCAUAUCUCUAACGCAAGAGCGUACAAUUUACCAGUUGUUGUUGCCAUCAACAAGAUGUCCUCAGACACUGACAACGAACAUGAAGUCAUCAGAGAAGAAUCAAUUAAAGCCGGUGCUGUUGAUGCUAUUGUAUCCAACCACUGGGAAGAAGGUGGUAAGGGUGCAGUUGACUUGGCCGAAGGUAUCAUCAACACGGCUAACAAUCAAUCUAACGAGGACUUCAAAUUCUUGUAUGAAGUGGAAGGUCAAUCCGUGGAAGAUAAGAUCUCUGCCAUUGCUAAAGAAAUGUACGGUGCAGGUGAAGUUGAAUUUUUACCAGAAGCUCAAGCCAAGAUUGAUCUAUACACUAAACAAGGCUUCAACAACUUACCGAUCUGUAUUGCCAAGACUCAAUACUCAUUGUCUCACGAUGCAAAUUUGAAGGGUGUUCCAACUGGAUUCAAGUUCCCAAUUAGAGACGUUAGAGCUUCUAUCGGUGCUGGUUAUCUAUACGCUUUGGCUGCUGAAAUCCAAACUAUUCCAGGUCUACCAACCCAUUGUGGUUUCAUGAACGUUGAAGUCAACGAAGACGGUGAAAUUGACGGUAUGUUCUAA